AUGGGGCAGGAGGGGCGAUUGUACUCCUCGUGCACCACAGAUGGACAAAGGGACAAGAAGCUCUGGUGGACAACCACCGACAACUAUGACAAGGACGACUGGUGGAGGUUCUGCUCUCCCAUGGGUCCAGACUCUCUGCCCUGCACCUUCUCCUUUAAGUACAAGGGGAAAUCGUCCUCGGCCUGCACCAGGGACGGAAGCACCGACAAGUGGCUCUGGUGCGCGACCACCGGCGACUACGACAAGGACGGCAAAUGGAAGUUCUGCACCCGGAAGGGCGAGUCCUUGCACUCUGUGUCGCGCUGCCUAGAGCGGGUCGCAGCUGAGAACACCCAGUCUCAGGACAGAUCGCCAGAGAACAGGGCAGACACCCCCAAACUGCCUAGUGCAGGGGUUCUCGACCUUGGGCCUCGGCUUGUUCAGGAUAAGCCCCUGGCAGGCCACGAGAUGCAGGCCAUGAGCAUUGGCAGUCUCUCCCCCCUGCGCCUUCUGGUGCCAUCCCGGGUGCAGGCCGCGCUGGUGCGCGACCACCAUGAGCUACGACACGGAUGGCAGGUGGAGGUACUGCAGCGUGACGGGAUCCCACAAUACCCCCUUUCUAAAGCAGCUAAGGAGGGGAUCAGGCCAGUUUUGGUAUCCCUGAUUCAACAGGGGGUUAUUGUUCAAACUAGUAGUGAAUGUAAUACCCCAAUCCUGCCCGUCCGAAAACCAGGAACAGGGAAAUGGCGCUUUGUUCAAGACCUGCGAGCUGUAAAUGCAGUAGUCCACCCCCUGUUCCCGGUUGUGCCCAACCCUGCAACCAUUCUCUCUUCCAUUCCCCCCUCAGCUACCUACUUCACAGUAGUAGAUCUAUGCUCAGCCUUUUUCUCUAUCCCCAUUCACCCAGAAAGCCAGUAUCUGUUUGCCUUUACUUUCCAGGGCCUGCAGUACACCUGGACCAGACUGCCACAAGGUUACACGGAAUCGCCUACCAUUUUCUGCCAGAUCCUCAGGAAGGACCUGGAGAAUGUUACGCUUCCUAAAGGGUCCACUUUAGUCCAAUAUGUGGACGAUCUCCUGAUAGCUUCUCCAACGUUGGAGGCUUGUCAGGUGGAUUCUCUGGCCCUGCUGCAGGCUCUGGCAAAAAAGGGGCAUAAAGCUUCCAAAUCAAAGCUGCAACUUUGCCUCCCCCGAGUCCACUACUUAGGGCACGAUUUGACUGCAGGAGAGAGACAUUUAUCUCGCGAUAGAAUUAAAGCAUUACUGCAGGUUCCCAGACCCGCUACUAAAAGGCAGCUGCGUGGCUUUCUUGGAAUGGCAGGCUAUUGCCGGCAAUGGAUAGCUGAAUACGCCUCUGUUACCAAACCUUUACAUAACCUAACCCACAAGGAUGUGCCUGAACCCCUCCCCUGGACCCAAACAGCUGAAACCGCUUUUAAAACUCUUAAAGAACUAUUGGCUAGUGCCCCCGCCUUGGGCAUACCCGACUACUCUAAAACCUUCACCCUCUUUUGCCAGGAAAAGGAUGGAAUAGCACAGGGGGUGUUGACUCAAAAACACGGGGACUCCCAACGGCCUGUCGCUUAUUAUAGCGCCCCUCUAGACUCGGUGGCGGCAGGACUGCCCCCGUGUCUUAGAGCAGUAGCUGCAGCGGCAAUUUUGAUGGACACCUCGGCCGCACUCUUUCUGGGUUCCCCUCUCCUUGUGUCAGUACCCUAUGCUGUAACCGCACUCCUCCUAAGAGGAGCGACCCAACACAUGUCCAAUUCUCGCUUGACUAAAUAUGAAAUGUUGCUCCUAAAUGCCCCCAACGUAACCCUAGUCCGUUGCCCUGUUCUCAACCCGGCUUCUCUGCUCCCAACAGCCUGGGAUGGGGAGCCUCAUGACUGCCAAGCGGUAACCACUGAACUAUGCUCUCCCCGGAUAGAUUUGGGAGAGACCCCUUUACCUAACCCCGAACUAAUAUAUUUUGUCGACGGGUCCUGUUUAAGAAACCCCAAGGGUAUCCUUGUAGCAGGUUAUGCUAUAUGCUCACCCCACAACUUAGUGGAAGCUCACUCUCUUCCAGGGGUGAACUCCGCUCAAGUGGCUGAAUUGAUCGCCCUUACCCGUGCCUGCACCCUAGCGGAAAAACGGUCCAUUAACAUCUACACCGAUUCCCGCUAUGCCUUCGGGGUAGUACACGAUUAUGGGCAACUCUGGAAGUGCAGGCCGCGCUGGUGCGUGACCACCAUGAGCUACGACACGGACGGCAGGUGGAGGUACUGCAGCGUGACAGAGCUGGCCCUGCUGCUGCACGACAUGCCCCUGCUGCCCUGUGACAACAACGCCUGCCAGGACUGCAGAGGGAACGACCCCAACACCAAUCGCUGCCUG